UUUAAAUUGGUAAUUGCCAGUUGCUUUGUUUAUUCAAUUAAAUGUGCUCGCCCUAUUUAUCUCCUAUUUACCACAAACAACUGCCGAAUUAGCCAAUUUCAUUUGAAUGCCAGACGAAUUUGGCCAUUAAAUUGCUCUAUAAAACAAUCGCCGCCGGAAUCCCCGGCUAUUAGUUGAAGAGGAAUUUACAAACGGUUCGGAUCGGUUAGUCAACUAUGAACUGUCGGCUUUGGCUUCUGGCCCUGUGGAUCUGGACAGAAUGUCAGGGUCAAGUGAUCCGCAUUCCCAUGCAGUUUCAGACCUCAUUCAUGGCCAGUCGGCGUCAACAUCGUGCUGGGAGAACGUCACUCUUGGCCAAGUACAAUGUGAUUGGUGGUGGACCGGAGACGGUUUCGCGGAAUAGUGGAGCCACCGAAACGCUGGAUAAUCGCUUAAAUUUGGAGUACGCUGGCCCGGUUAGCAUUGGCACUCCGGGUCAGCCCUUUAAUAUGCUCUUCGACACGGGAUCCGCCAACCUUUGGGUACCGAGUGCCGAGUGCUCCGCCAAGAACUUGGCCUGCCAGCAUCAUCAUCGCUACAACUCGAGUGCCUCGAGGAGUUAUGUUCCGGAUGGUAGAAGAUUCGCUAUAGCCUAUGGCACUGGCAGCUUGUCGGGAAGACUGGCGCAGGACACCGUUGCCAUCGGUCAGCUGGUGGUGCGGAAUCAAACCUUUGGCAUGGCGAUGCACGAGCCGGGUUCCACGUUCGUGGACACCAACUUUGCUGGGAUCGUGGGACUGGGAUUCAGGGAAAUAGCCGAGGAGCAGAUUACACCGCUCUUUGAGAGCAUGUGCGAACAGCGCCUGGUUAGGGAGUGUGUGUUCUCGUUCUACCUAAAACGCAAUGGCAGCGAACGGAAGGGAGAAUUGCUGUUCGGCGGCGUGGAUGCCACCAAGUUCUCGGGAUCCCUGACCUUCGUGCCCCUCACCCGUGUCGGCUACUGGCAAUUCCUCCUGGACGGUGUGGAAAUCGGUGGCCAGGUUAUCAGUCAACAUCGCCAGGCCAUUGCGGAUACAGGUACCUCUCUGCUGGCAGCUCCGCCCAGGGAAUACUUGAUUAUAAACAGCCUCCUUGGCGGAUUGCCCACUGCGAAUAACGAGUACCUCUUGAACUGUUCCGAGCUGGACAAGCUGCCCGAGAUAGUGUUCAUCAUUGGUGGCCAGCGGUUCGUCUUACAGCCCAGGGACUACGUGAUGAGGGCCACCGACGACGAUGGCACUAACGUCUGCCUGUCCGCCUUUACCCUGAUGGAUACGGAGUUCUGGAUACUGGGGGACGUGUUCAUCGGACGCUAUUACACCGCCUUUGAUGUGGGCCAACGGAAAAUUGGAUUUGCUCAGUCCGUAUAG